GAAGUGGCGAUAAGCGUCGCUGUCUGUCAGCAGAUUUAAAAACAACAGCGUCUCUCUGAACAUAUUUCGUUUUUCUAGCAGCAAACAACACCGGAACGACCGGCCCCCGGUACCCUGGGAGCCGUAUAGAACAUUUACGUGACGUGUCCGCGCAGUGUCACGUCCGCGGGAGCUCCACAGAGCUCCGCGAAAGCUGCGCUGCCGUGAAAAUAAAGCGAAAUGAAAGGGGAAGUGAAAGUUUAGGCAGCUGCUGGGACGUUUUGGCGAACAGGGCGACGAAGCGACAGAAAUUAAACCCAGAAGUUGGAAAAGAAUCCCGCAGCAUAUUUCCAAACAUGGGCAGCACGGAUUUAUCCACGUACGUGUUCUUCAUCAUAACAAAGAAACCCGAGGCGCCGCAACACAUCAAACUUGGAAGUAUAUGCUACAUGCGCAAACAGAAGUAUGAGGAUGACCUCUCCAAGUCUUAUGCUCCCACGACGUUCAGCGUCACGUUCCUGCCCUCCCACGCCAGUUUGGAUUAUAACAUUGACUUGACCUGCAUGGAGAAUCUGUCUCCGCAGGAGGCUGACCUCCUGCUCGCCUGCCAGCCUGAAAGUGACAGGCUGAAGUGGCUCAGAGACAGAGACGCGCUCCACACUGCCCUGGCGCUCACCGUGGGCACGGACGUAAUGGUGGAGAAAGACGGAGACAGGUUGAGAGGCACCAUUCGCUAUAUUGGGCCACUGGUAGACCCAGGCUACUCCAAUCCCAUAACUGGAAGAUACUUUGGAAUUGAACUUCAGGGCGCAGACAGAAAAAAGGGAAACACAGAUGGAUAUGGCACUGGAUAUAGAAAACGGUUCUCAUGUGAGCGAAACUGUGGCAUUUUUGCCCCAUUUAACAAAGUGAAGCCCCUUGUUUCCACCUCUCUGUCCCCCUCCAUGUCUUCGCUCCUUGCUCAAAAACAAGCACGAGACAUAUCACCAGGAGACAGCGUCACCUUUUUCAUUGAUGAAAAAUGUCGUCAUGGGAUGGUAUUGGACAUCCUGGAAGAGGCAGGACAACCGGUUUUGCAAAUCUCCACAGACACAGAUGACAAAGGAAAUAGAGGCGGAGAAGUCAAGAUUCCACUCAGCAUGGUCGUUAAAGGAGAAAUUCCUUCAGGGCCUGAAGGAAUGGACAUCGAUACUCCGCCAGUGGAAGCACACACUGAUCUGAGCAUGAGUCUAAACUCGGUGGUGGAGGUGACUUUAGGCAAAGGGAACUCGUAUGGGAUUAUCCGCUGGAUCGGUAAUCUACCCGACCGUACAGAUGUCAUGGUUGGACUUGAGUUGGAAGAAGACGUGGGAGUGAGUGACGGUACCUUUAAAGGAAUCCGUUAUUUCACCUGUCCUCCAAAGAGAGAUUUGUUCGUGAAACUGAAGUCCUGCCGUCCUGAUUCGCGCUUUCAGAGCCCUUCAGCCAAAGCAAAGAUACUAGAACUGGAUAACAAAGAGGAAAAUGGCGAUUUCAGCGCAGGGAACCAGGAGCCUGUUCCUCCAAUCAGUACAGAGCAGGUCAACCAGCUUUUGAUUGGACGGAUGAAAGGGAUCCAAGGUCACUGCAACUCCUGCUACAUGGACGCUGCCCUCUUUGGAUUGUUUUCCUGCUCCUCUGUGUUGGACUCUAUGUUGUAUAAAUCAACAACUCCUCAGGAUGCUCCAGUCCAGAGUAUAUUGCUCCAUGAUAUUGUCAACCCACUCCGCAGUAAGGGUUUUGUUCCUGGGCGACACGUCAUGAAGUUUCGGGAGCAGCUGCAGAAUCACGGCUAUAGCCACUCCUUCACCACCGACGAGAAGGACCCAGAGGAGUUCCUCAUCAUUGUGAUGCACCACAUUCUUGCCCUGGAUCCUCUACUAAAGCUAUCAGCUGCUGGUAAAGUGCAGGAGAGCUACUGCUAUCAGAUAUUCCUGGACCAGAACCACAGCCUGGUUCUGCCCACAGUCCAGCAGCUACUGGAACAUUCCUUUCACAGUGCAGGACUCAAACUGGCAGAGGUGCCUUCCUGCCUCAUCCUUCAGAUGCCUCGCUUUGGGAAGAAAUUCAAGAUGUUUGACAAAAUUAUUCCCUCCCUGGAGCUGGACAUCACCGACCUCCUCUCUGAGGGUCCUCAGCAAUGCAUUAUGUGCGGACACGUGGCAGUGGAAGAGUGUCCAGACUGUUUUAAAGAUUCAAUUUUCAGCCCGACGGGAUUUAAAGUCUUCUGCAAGAAUUGUUCAGCUCAGGUGCACUCUCACCCUCAGCGCCGCUCCCAUCAGCCUGCAACCCUGGAAAUCCCUAAAGGCUACCUUGGCCGUGGCAUCCCUCACUCACUGACCAGGGACCGGCUGGAGCUGUUCGCCGUGCUUUGCAUCGAGACAAGCCACUACGUUUCCUUCGUCAAACACGGACCCAGCAAUACGGACUGGAUCUUCUUCGACAGCAUGGCCGACAGAGAAGGAGAAAGAGAUGGCUUUAACAUUCCUGAGGUGCAAGCCUGUCCUGAGGUUGGCAUGUACCUGGAAAUGUCUCCCGCCGAGCUGGCCAAUCAGGUGCCGCGGGACAUGAAAGGAGUGGCCAAGCGUCUCUUCUGCGACGCCUACAUGUAUCUGUACCAGAGCACGAGCAUGUGUCUCUAUCGCUGAGAGGACACAUCAACAUUUCUGGGAAUCCAGCUGUUUCUUAUUUCCUUUUGCUGUACUGCUUAAUUUUUCUAAUUACUGUGUGUAAAUUUUACACAAACGGUGACUUUUUUUGUAUAUUUGCAAACCUAAAAUAACUCCUGUAAGUAUUUUCUGUCCUAAUACAGGGAAAAAUGUUUUCAGGCUUGAAUAAUUCACAGUGAUAUUGUUUUAUGUUUCUUAUAUGAUUGAAGCACAAACUGACAUGACUUCCUGAUGUUAUUUUGAACUGAAGGUGAACAAAAGCAGUAUGUAAUGACCAAGUCACUUGUUGAUCUGGAAUAUUUGAAUGUAAUAUUCAUCCUAUGAUCACAUUCUGUUAUAAUCAGAAGCGUGAUUAAAAAUUUGCCUCAGACUAAAUUCUAUGAAAGCCAGAAAGGCAAUUAAAAAUUUCUCAGAAAAGCUGUAAUACAGCGUAUAGUGCAUUAAAUCUUUAUUUUUCUCUAAAGGGUAAUUUAUGAAAAACAUUAUCUUCUUCAAGUGCUUUGGGAAGAAAGAUAAUUUUGUUUUUGUUCUGAUCUCCUGAAUAAUGUUUUAUUGAGGAGUAAUGAUGUGGGUGUGGAUGUA